CCCAGAUCUUCAAAAAGUGGUCCGAGCGCCCUCAACUUCAUUCUUGUUUCCCCCCAGCCAGGGGUUGGAAUGCUGCAUCCCGUACGUUCCGUACUCCGUACUGCAUGUACGGAAGAAGAGCGGCCGAGUCACAGACAACCCUUGCUCAACAUCGCUCCCUUCCUGCCCGCACUCGCCUCAUCGCCAUCGUUCCCGCGAAAUCCCUUUAACUCGCACCCGAUCUCACUCCGUGGGAGAUUGGUCGCUCCUUACGUCCGCAGCAUGAAUUUGAACCUUUCAGCAUCGCUCAACGUUUUCAAGCUUCUGGCGAAGCCCUCGUUGUGUCUGCCUCACGCGACCGUCAGCACUUUUGAUGACCUGCCGAUUCCUCUCGACAAAGCCUUCGCCACGAAGGGCCGCCUAGUCGACAUCAGGGCUGUGGUCCUGGACAAGGAUGACUGCUUUGCCCUUCCAGACCACAGCGAGGUCUAUGAGCCGUACAAGGUUCGAUUCGAGGCUCUCCGCGCAGCCUACCCUGGACAUCGUCUUUUGAUCGUGUCCAACACGGCCGGCGCAAGGAGCUACGACGUUGACGGCAGGCUUGCCUCAGAGGUCAAGGAGUCGACUGGGGUCGAGGUUCUCCCGCAUGCCGUGAAGAAACCGGGCUGUGGCAAUGAGAUCUUGUCCUACUUUCGCGACCAUCCAGAAACGGGAGUGACGGGCCCUCAUCAAAUUGCAAUUGUUGGGGACCGCCUAGCAACCGAUAUGAUGCUCGCCAACAUGAUGGGCAGCUGGGGAGUUUGGGUCAAAGACGGCGUUGUGCCUCUGCAACGGAAGAGCAUCUUUUCCAAGAUUGAAAGAAGGCUAGGGCCUUUCCUCCUCUCGCGAGGGUACUUGCCCCGCGAGCCUACCAGCCCUUUCGAAUAACGGCAUGACCAAAGCAACAGAUCACCAUCCAUGAUGUGGCAGCUAGCAGCUCCACUCGAAACUUGUGCGGUGUGCAGGAGGACCUCCGGUAGUUGCAGGCUUCAAAGGCCCUCCCUCCCUGGCCAGGUAGCGGGUCGGCUGUGGUACGAUGUUGGCGGAGAAAGGAACCGAUCCUGUGGUGAGCCUCAACGGGCUUCUAUCGAACUGGAAAUCCCC